AUAUAGAAAGAAGGCAAUCCCUGAGGAUGUGAAGAAGUCCCCUCGCAUCAUUGAAAACACACUGAAGAAACUAUCAGAAUUAGCGGCUAAACUGCUUCGGCAAAAAAAAGCAACUUUUGAUCAAAGCGAGAUGGAAUGCGAUUUCGAUUCAGGAGAAGUCGAAAAACUGAAGGGUAGUGGUCUUCUUCAUUGUGGUCAGCCUUUCAGGACCAGUUCGACUACAACAACUAAACACUUUAGAUUUACCCAUUUAAUCGUUCAAGAAUACUUGGCUGCUCGUUGCUUUGUAAACGAAAAUCAUAUUCCAGACGGAAGUUUUUCUAAAAUGGUUUUUCAAUUCAUGGCUGGUAUUUUGUCCGAAAAUAAAAACGAGGAACUAAUGGAAAAAUUAAUGGCAAAUGUUCAGGCCUUAUCCUCUAAAACUCACCUUCUCGCAGCAAAAUGCCUGAGCGAAUGCAACGACAAGGAAUUCGCCAAGAAGUACAUUAGGAAGCAUCCUCAUGCAUGCUCCGACUCAGACAACAGCUGGUCUCUUGAAAAUGUAUCAGAUGUAGACUGCCUUGCAGUAUCAUUCGUCUUGAACAUCGUAAGUGAUGUUAAUGGAGAAGAAGCUGGAAGGGCUCGACACGAAAGUUCUGAAAAGUUCGAGGCAAUCGAGAAGUUGAAACUAACCAUGUCGCCGCGGUCAUUGCCUGGAAUAAAACGAAUUUUUAAGUCACUAGAAAAGGAACACUCUCGUGUUUCCAAACUGAGAAUCACGCAUUGCGACUUGACAAAGGAAUUUGACGUCAUUGGUAGUUUAGUGUCCUGUAAAUUAAUAACUCUUAAUCUGGGUUAUAAUGAGCUCACUGAUACCAAUAUUGCCAGCCUAAGUGACGCUUUAAAAGAUCCACGCUGUAGGUUAACCACACUCUGUCUCUGUGCCAAGGAAAUCACUGAUAACGAUUUUUCUAGUCUUUGUGAAGUACUACAGCAUCCAGGCUGUAAACUGACCACACUUUUUCUUGGGGGAAAUAAGAUCACCGAUGCUGGAGUAGCCAGUCUAUGCAAUGCAUUACAGCACGCUCCCUGUGGGCUAACCACACUAGAUCUGUGGGGUAAUCGGAUCACCGAUGCCUGUGUUACCAGUCUUUGUGAAGCACUACAGCAUCCUUCCUGUAGGCUGUAUACACUAA